UCUACAAGCAUUUAAGGAACAUCUCUGCUGGUGGUUGCUCUGUGACUUUGCCCACGAAUAGCUCCCCAUUCUUUUCCUCCAGUACGAUUCCGAAUAGCUCCCGGACUUUGCAGCAAUCAUGAGGGCAGUUGAGUCAUCCGACCACCGGGAAGUCGUAGUUAAAAUCGACGAGGGAGAUUCAAACAGUAAGGAUGUAGUGGAUACCGUUAUGAACGACAAGAAGAACAAGAUUUGGAGGGAGUCCAGCUAUGACUUUUGGAAAGACGAUUGCCAAACCAACGACGACGACGUUCGCAAUGGUGUUAUUAGAGAGAACGACUUGAAUAAUGGAAAUGGUGGGGGUUUUGAUUUUGUGCAACGUGGGCAAGGGAAGGAGGACCCCCCAUCAAAGUUGAUUGGUCAGUUCCUGCACAAACAGAGGCUGUCCGGUGAGAUGUCUCUGGACAUGGAUUUGGGAAUGGAUGAGCUCCGCCCCAACCAUCGGAAUCUGAACUUACCUUCGGUGACAGAGUCUCCGGAGAAGCCCCAGAUGUCCAAGGAGCUCAAUAUCUCGAAUGUUGGGGUUGAGGCCGCAGACGAUAAUUAUGUGCGACAUCGUAACAAGGAACCGUCCUACGACAGAGAGCAACAACCACAGUCGCAACAAUGUCGCGAUGGUGGGUCUGGGGAUUUAGGUGGAGAGGUGGUGAGGUGUACAUCAAAUGCAUCAUUUCAAAGAAAGUCGAGCUUGUCGAGAGCGAAAACAAAGUCGCGGCUGAUGGACCCACCUGAAGAGCCAGAGAGGCGAUCGGAACGGGUUCCUAGGUCGGGUCAGCUCCGGUCCGGUUUACUUCCGAAGGCGUUGGACGAAGAUGAAGAAGAUCCAUUCUGGGAGGACUUGCCGGACGAGUACAGGAAGACAAAGCUGAGCGCUUUGACUGUAUUGGAAUUUGUGAGUUUGGUUGUGAUAAUUGCCUUUUUUAUUUGCUCUCUUUUUAUUCCUUAUCUGAAAGAGAAGAACUUGUGGAGGCUCAAACUGUGGAAAUGGCAAGUUCUGAUAUUGGUUUUGAUAUGUGGUAGGUUGGUGUCUGGGUGGGGGAUUCGGAUCCUAGUGUUCUUUAUAGAAAGGAAUUUCGUUUUACGUAAAAGGGUUCUUUAUUUUGUAUAUGGUGUACGAAAGGCCGUGCAGAAUUGUCUGUGGUUAGGGCUUGUUUUGCUAGCUUGGCAUUUUCUUUUUGAUAAGAAGGUUGAGAGAGAGACCAAGAGUGAUAAGCUUAAGUAUGUGACUAAGGUGCUUGUGUGUUUGUUGCUGGGUACCUUGGUCUGGUUGGUGAAGACUCUUAUAGUGAAAGUUUUGGCUUCUUCUUUUCAUGUUAGUACCUAUUUUGAUAGGAUUCAGGAGUCUUUGUUUACUCAGUCUGUGAUUGAGACGCUUUCGGGGCCGCCAUUGAUUGAGAUUCGGAAUGCAGAGGAGGAGGAGGCCGAGGCACGGCUUUCUGAUGAGGUCAACAAGUUACAGAACGCUGGUGCUACUGUGCCCCAUGAUCUCAAGGCAACUGGUUUUCCUCCACCAAAGAGUGGACGGGUUAUAGGGAGUAGUGGACUUCUGCAGAAGAGCCCUGGAGGGAAAAAUGAUAAGCUGUCUCGGGCAAUGUCCAAGAAGGGAGAUAAUCAAGGGAUAAGCAUUGAUCACCUACAUAAGUUGAAUCCGAAGAAUGUAUCGGCUUGGAAUAUGAAGAGGUUGAUGAGGAUUGUUCGGAAUGGGACUCUUACGACCUUGGAUGAACAGAUAUUGGAUGCCACGAACGAGGAUGGGUCUAAUACACAAAUUAGGAGUGAGUUGGAGGCGAAAGCUGCAGCCAAGAAGAUAUUUCAGAAUGUCGCCAGGCAUGGGGCCAAGUACAUCUACUUGGAAGAUUUGAUGCGAUUCUUGCGGGAAGAUGAGGCUUUGAAAACCAUGGGUCUCUUUGAAGGAGCCUUUGAGACCAAGAGAAUUAGCAAAUCAUCCUUGAAGAACUGGGUGGUCAAUGUGUUCAGAGAGCGGAGAGCCCUCGCUUUGACAUUGAAUGAUACCAAAACAGCCGUGAAUAUACUUCAUCGUGUUGUGAACGUGUUAGUUAGCAUUGUUAUGUUAGUUAUUUGCCUUCUGAUUCUGGGAAUCGCUACCACCAAAUUUCUUCUAUUUUUAAGCUCUCAACUCGUCCUAGUUGCAUUUAUUUUUGGCAACACCUGCAAGACGGUAUUUGAAGCAAUCAUCUUCUUAUUUGCAAUGCACCCAUUUGAUGUGGGAGAUAGGUGUGAGAUUGACGGAAUUCAGAUGGUUGUAGAAGAAAUGAACAUCUUAACUACUGUAUUUCUGAGAUACGACAACACGAAGAUUGUUUACCCAAACAGUAUUCUUUGUACCAAGCCCAUCAAUAAUUUCUAUCGCAGUCCUGACAUGGGAGAUGCCGUCGAGUUCUGCGUCCAUAUAUCAACUCCGGCAGAGAAGAUUGCAACCAUUAAACACAAAGUUAUAAGUUAUAUUGAGGGCAAGAAAGAGCACUGGUAUCCUUCACCCAUGUUUAUAUUCAAGGACGUGGAAGAGUUAAACAGAGUGAAGAUAGCUAUAUGGCUGACACACAGAAUGAACCACCAAGACAUGGGAGAAAGGUGGGCAAGGAGAUCUCUUUUGGUUGAAGAGAUGGUUAAGCUUUUCCGUGAGCUUGACAUUCAAUACCGCCUGUUGCCUGUUGACAUUAAUGUCCGCACCAUGCCUUCUGUGAACUCCACCCGACUUCCCUCUACUUGGACAACAGACAGUACUACUAGUUGAGUGCAUUAACGCUAUCAUGCCAAACUAAUUAUUAACGCAUGGUCUCUUGAGCUGCCAGUUUUGGUGAUAUGUACGCUCUCAUAAAAAGGGACUCUAUAUAUAUAGAAUGCAGAGUUAAUUUAGUGUA